AUGGAUACAAACGGAACCACUACAGGAUCCCUGGUGCCACCAACGUCAAUUAUCAGAUCACCGGCUAUGUUUUGGAUAAUAGUAUCAUCGAUUCCUAUUCUUGCUAUUUGGUGGUGGACAGAUUAUCGAUGGAGAAUUUCAGAGGGAGAACCGCCGUUGGUGCCAUUCAAGAUUCCAUGGUUGGGUCACGGGUUAGAUUUCAUGAAUGAUAUCAAUGGAUUUGCCGAGUGGGUGAGAUCUGUACACCCAACAAGCGAAGCCGCCACUAUCCAGAUUGCUGGACAGCAUCUAUAUCUGAUCUUCGAUACGAAGCUCGCUAGUCAGAUCUACCGGCGUUCCCAGACCUUCAUUUUUGACCCUUUCAUUCUUCAGACUUCUCAAAUCCUAGGCGCUAACAAGCAAGAUAUGAAGAAGCUUACUGAAGGCGCCCAAGUAGUUUCUCCAGCGCCUGCAGCGGAAGACUCUGGGUCACGGAUACUUCAUGACUUGCAUGCCUUGACUCCACAGCAUCUCACUGGGAAAUCUCUUGAUCGACUAACUGAUUACUUCAUCAAUGUCAUAUGUGCCGACAUCGACAAGAGAUUUCCAAAGAAGGAUGAUGAAAAUUAUGCAUGGGAGACGAUGGAUCUCUGUGAAUUUGUAAAGUCGACAUGGUGUCAUGCUUCCAUCACUGCGCUGUUCGGUACAAAUAUAUAUGAGAUCUGGCCAGGUAUCGAGAAGUGGCUAUGGGCUUUCGAUAAAGAGUUUCAGAAAAUGUUCACUCAGAUGCCGAGGGCUGUGAUGCCGAAACCUUACGCACUCCUUGAUGAAGGACAGGAGAUGUGUGAGAAAUGGGAGGCAGAAGCUUUGGCCGCUGAAGAGAGAGGUGAGAUUGGUGGCGAUCCGGAUUGGGAUAAGUACUGGGGGUUGAGGUUCGUAAGACUUCGAGACGAGUAUCUGAGAAAAUCGGGUCUCAGUACCAAAUUUCGUGCUGGUAAUCAGGUUGUUUUUAUUUGGGGCUUGAAUGCAAACGCCAUCCCGAUAGCCAUGCAAACCAUAACCAGAGCAGUCCUCUCACCACCCCUCCUCGCUUCAUUAAUAACCGAAAUCCGCGCAGCCUCAACAUCAUCCAGCACAUUCGACCUCAAAGGCAUAACCACAUCCCCUCUUUUUAGAUCCGUCUACCUAGAAUCUCUCCGCUGGGCCACCGCCUCACCUUCUCCCCGCGUCGUCCGUCAAGACACCCAACUCGGCCCCUACCACCUCAAAAAAGGCAACAUGGCCAUGGUCCACUCCCGCACCCUCCAAAUGGACGAAGCCACCUGGUGUAUACCCGGAAAACCAGAAUCCCAUCCUUCAAAAUUCUGGGCCGAAAGAUUCCUCGACGGCGAUAGCGAGACUGAAAAGGUGCGUGUUGAAGAGAACGCAGAGGCGGAAUCGAACUACUCAAGUGAUAUCAAAGCUUCGCAUCCGGUUGCGAAGCCGCUGAAGCCGAAGCAGCAUGAGGUGGUAGGAGCGAAGAGUAAAGAAAUGCAAGCUCGUAUGCUUGCGUUACGGCCGUUUGGUGGUGGAACGACGCUUUGUCCCGGACGACAUUUUGCGACGAACGAGAUUAUGGGAGGGUUGGCGGCGUUGUUAUUGAGGUUGGAGAUUGAGGUUGAUGAGGAUGCUUUGGCGAAGAAUGGGAGUCCGUUGCCGGAUUUGAGUAAACAAGGUGGGUUGUUUCCUGAUAGAGGUUUGAUUUGUCGGGUUAGAAGACGGAAGGGAGUUUAA